AUGUCCGACUUUGAGCAAGAUUAUGCCUAUGAGGCCUCUUUGGCGCUCAAUAACCCGAACGAUCUGUGGGAGCCUCGUGAUCCCUUUUUUUACUUCAGCACCAAUGAGAAUGCGUUUCACCCACAAGCAAACACUGACUCAUACAACGACUUCAGUGCUUUUGCUCAGCAGCAGGAUGUGGUCAUGGGAAACAUUAACUCUGAGACUGAGGCGUACCCGGAACGCUCAAGUGUCCCGUCAACAGAAUUUUACCGUGAUAGAUGUGACUACAGAGCACAUGAUGUUAGUCAGCCCGAUGAAGUACGAUCCUCGUCUGCCACUAGUACGUACGAUACCAAGGAGACCAAGGCCGACUCUGACACGCUUGAAGAACUACCUAUCACGGUAAAGCAAGUUAAUAGUGUGCUGAGCCAGUGUAGUGCUCUUUCAGAGGCGCUUGGUAACAAACUCGAAGGCAUCAGCAGCCGUUUUGAUCAUGCAGAGCACCGUCUGGAAAAUAUGGAGCACCGCAUGAAUGAUUUGUCCCAAGGAAUGGAAAGCUUGGAAUCGAAGUUCAAUACGCUUAGUGGGUAUCUGCUCGAAGUUAUCAAGAGGGAGCAGAUGGUGAUGCAGGAAAUUGGUGACAUGGCAAGUCGUUACCAUGAGCGGGACAUAUAA